AUGCGAGAAAUUGUCGACCACUUUUUCCCGCCAGUCGGGCUGCUCGUGCCUGCGGGAGGCGAGGCAUAUACCGACUUCAACUACUGGCGCGACCCGCCUCUGGACAUUACGGAUUUCACCGACAGUGAAGACGAGGACGAGGACGAUGACACGGAAGCGGCUAGUCUGCACAGCGAAGACGAGAGGUCAGAAAUGGGCGAGGACCUGGAGGGGAGCUACAUGUCGCGGGACUCGCUUGACGAAGGGGGCAUGGGCGACUCCAUCAUGGAAAGCGUAGAAGGUGGUGACUAUGUGGACGGGGACGAGUAUGAGGAAGACCAUGACUCAGAAGACGACGACUCGGAGGGGCGUACAAGCCGGACUAUAGAGCCACAUGACCGGGUGGGCCAUGCUGCAGAACGUUUGCAAACAUUAGGCGUCAGAGAUGGGAUGCCGGCUGGGCGAGGCCAGCUGAAGAGGUAG